CACACAUCUAGAUCGUCUCCGCUGUGGAUGUCUACUACCUAGGUAACAGUAGGUAACAAGCACGACACCACAAAGACGCCAUGGUUGACCUACCACUGCCCUUCACCGACGUCUUCUUUAAGCCAUUGCUCAGGUAGAAAAUGAUCUGUUAAUCUUACGAUACACGAGUAACCUUACGAUAAUUAUCAUUGAUUUUUUUUAUACCCCUUUCCCCUGUUCAUACAGAGUGGUGCGUUUCUGGAUAAAUCUCGGCUUACUUACAAGCAUCAUAAAAUAAUACAAAGAGCCCUUGGACAUCGACGAAGAGGUCCUGGAUUAAGUAAGACAUCCGUCCGAGUUCACCGUCUCGCAAUUGAACAUCCCAUACGAAGUCCUUCAUUGAUGCUCAGGAAUAAUGGCCCCCCACAACGUACUGGAUGAAGGGCCUGCAGACCUGGAACAGAACCUGGGCGAUGCUGAAAUCCGGCCGCCAUCCCCACCCCCAAUGUCCGUGGAGCCGCCCCGACUCCUCAUCGUCGGCGCAGGAUCUCGUGGUCGCACAUACGCCAGAUGCUCUCUGCAGUCGAGCAACGGCAUAAUCGCCGCAGUGGCCGAGCCCGACGACUACAAGCGCCAGGAUUUCGGGAGCAAGUUCAUAUGGGGCAAGACAGCGCCGCCGCCGGAUGGAUCGAGCUUUAGGGACUGGAAAGAAUUCGUCGCAUGGGAAACAAAUCGCCAGAAACGGCAGAACGCAGGCGAGAUUGUCCCAAAGGGUGUCGACGCGGCUUUUAUCUGCGUCCGAGAUGAGAUGCAUCAUGAUGUGAUAUUGGGCCUCGCACCACUCGGGCUUCACAUUAUGUGUGAGAAGCCGCUCGCCACCACACUCGAGGACUGCACCAAUAUCUACCGCACCCUGGCGCCCCUGCAGUCGUCGAAGGUGUUCUCCAUCGGACAUGUGAUGCGCUACUCGCCCCACAACAUGAUGCUGCGAAAGCUGCUCCUCGAGGACAAAGUCAUCGGCGACAUCCUCAGCGUACAUCAUACAGAGCCCGUGGGAUUCUGGCACUUCUCACAUAGCUAUGUGCGCGGGAACUGGCGAAAGGAAUCUAUCACGGCGCCGUCAUUGCUUACCAAAAGCUGUCAUGACAUUGACAUCUUGUUGUGGCUCAUGUGCUCCCCCGCGCCCGGAUCGCAUGCACCCGAACAUCUGCCUGCUUCCGUGACAUCUAAUGGGUCGCUGCAAUUCUUCAAGAAGAGCAGAAAACCGAAAGCCGCAGGCAAUGCAACCAAUUGCCUAAGCUGUCCUGUCGAGAAGGACUGCCUGUACUCGAGCAAGCGAAUCUACGUCGGCCCGAAGCACAUGGGCGUCGAGACGGGCAACGUCCGAUGGCCCAUCAGCAUCGUGCUUCCGGACAUAGAGAGCUUCGGCGGCGACAUCGACGCCGCAAAGGCCGCGAUACUCCCCAAGCUCGCGGAGGACUACGACGAGACGACGCCGCGGGAGGUGAUAGACGGCAAGAACUGGUUCGGGCGCUGCGUCUUCGAGUCCGACAACGACGUGUGCGACGAGCAGGUCGUGGUCAUGACGUGGAACGACGACACGUUAUCGGACCUCGACGACGCGGCGAACAGUGCCCGCGGCGCCAAGCAAGCGACGUUCCACAUGAUCGCCCAGACGAAGAAGCAGUGCCAGCGGUACACGUACGUGUACGGGACCUCGGGCGAGAUCUACGCCGACUCGAAGACGAUCACGAUAGAAGACUUCCGCACAGGCGAGACGACGACGUUCGCGCCGAAGCUGGAGAGCUUGGGCCAUGGGGGCGGCGACCACGGGCUCACGAGGCAGUUCGUGCUCGCUGUCGACCGCGUCAAGAACGCCGGGUGGGAGGCCGCGAGGGCGCAGAAGGAGUUCGUGGGGUGCAGUCUGGAGGAGAUCAUUCGCAGCCAUGCCAUGGUGUUUGCUGCCGAGGAGGCUAGGAGGGCCGGCAGGACGGUUGAUUGGAAGGCUUGGUGGGAUGAGAAUGUCGGGACUAUGUAACCUAGGUAGGCUUUUUCGAAUUGCUUUUUUUUUUUUUCGGCGGAGCACGGUGAUGCACAGGUUCUUGCGUUACAGUAGUUUACCUAGUUAUUUGAUUGUGUGGUUCAUCUAAUUAUCUACAUAUCAUGUGCAUCAUCACGAUCUCUCUGCCUUUGAUAUCCUGCAGUCAAUAUAAUAGGUGCGGGUACGAAUACUAUCUAGCUAGCUAUAUGCCAUUUACUACAUCGGACGGUUCUACUAGGAUAGAUCCUGGAUCCCGGCUAUCUUUAGAUUGAUGGGAUGGAUCCGUCGAUCUGUAUUGGGUCCU